UCUCCUGACGAAUGGACAACAACAACAAUGCAGGCAAGGGCUGGCACUGGCUUCUUUUCAAGGCCGGCCCUUCCCGUCGUGGCGCAGAAAACUCGCUCCUGGGGUGACCUGCACUUGCCCGCUUUAAACAUCAACGCUUCUCAAACACAAACGAUAAAGUAGUCAGCGAAUGGACAGCUAUUGUUCGACAUGAACAUCAGCAUCUGGGAAAGCGCGCACUGACGUAUAAAGUAUUGUUGCAACUGUCUUGCUACUGAUGCCCGGCGCGUUUUCAAUUUAUGCGAAUGCUGAGUACGAACCCUCUGUCCCAGAGUUCGAUUGUUUCAUAAGCAACGCCGCCAACUGUACAGCCAACCUAAAUGCCCUUUAAAUCUUACGAUUGCAAUCGAACAGCGCUCAGGUCCCUAGGAUCGUACACAGGAGGGCAUAGGACGGACGGCAGUUAACUGCAUCAAACAGAGCCGACCACAAUGCGAUUUUGAGGGAUCACAAAAAGGGUUUCGUGCUGCAGCCUCUCAUCAGUGACUGAUGAAGUGGCCUGCGUCCUAAUGAGUUCCCCAAAUUGAGACAAAGGAUUAGUACUAUUGGCAUAGUUACGGUUGCAGAAAAUCUAAGGCACUGCCUACCUCAGCCUGUAAGUGCUUACUUUUAUACAAUGGUAUCUCUAAGCUUCUCACCUUUACAGAGAUUUAAAGAAGUCCUACUUUUAAAUAUCUAUUAAUUCUAAUAAAUUCCAAUACGUAAUUAUUGCCGCCAGACCAAAAGUGCAACCAGGAAAGCUUCCUUCGGAAUACCUCUCAGUGAAACAUGGACUGAAGUAAUACCGCCGCGAUGAUCUUACCUUUUGUGGACACUUUGUCCUAUUAAGAGGACGUACAACGGGCGAUCUUGUGCAUGUCAAUCGGCGCUUUAUAUUGCAAAAGAGAGCCUUUCUGGCGGAAAUUGGAAAUCAGAGGACUGAACCUGUUAUCGCUACUGUGCAGUGUGUCUGUGUUAGGCGUUGCUGGAUUCUUACGAGAUUUUAUUUACUCAGGAUUCAAUAGCGCAGAAGAUGAGAUUAAAACUAUUGUUGUUACUGCUUUACGUGAAAACAUCAUUAGCGGAUGACAUUCAAAGCUUACCGCCAACAGCAACAGGGAAAGAAGGAAAAAAGAAAAUUGUUAGGAACCGGCCAGAAACACUUCCUGCUGCCUCUGCACCAUCACCUGUAAAUGGUGAUAACUACAAUUUUGGCUAUGAAAUCGGAGAUGGAGAUAAGUCGCACAAGUUUCACAAAGAAGUUGGCGAUGGAAACGGACGAAAAAUUGGCUCUUACGGAUUCACUGAUGCCGACGGCCGCCAGCGCGUUGUCCAAUACGUUGCUGAUGAAAAUGGGUUUCGUGUACAAAUCAAAACGAACGAACCCGGUACUAACUCGCAUCAGACUGCAGCUUCACUUGUGCAAAAACGGCCAACGAUCGUACUCCUCGAUGACAAGGAUUCGCCUAUGACUCUUCCUGUCAAGACUUCAGUGAAGCUACGCGAGCCUUCAGUGAAGCUUAAGGGCUCUCUGUUUACAGCGUCGUCCUUUCAUGCACCUGUGUUACCGAACGGCCCGGUGAGGAUGUAUGAAACAGGAAAAUCAGUUUACUUUUCAAGCCCGGCUUCUCAAAGUAUUGAGUACAAGCCACAUCCAAAGGCUAUUCAGAUCGGGCCUCUUCUUAAUAUAAUCGGAACUCCAAUCACAAUGCCGAUGCAAAGCCCGAUUCUUCCUUUGGGGCCAGUGAAGGUGGCACGCUAUGAUCCAACAGGACCUUUGGUGGUACCACUGAAGUAUCAAGCACCCAUCCCGAUUCCUAACAACUACCUGGAACAAACACCUUUAACUGUCGUACAGCACUCUUCGCCAACCUUCGAACCGCUGCGAAUUAGCUCCACUAAGAAGCAGUCCGAAGGUCACCCGUCAAUAAUCCGCAAAGAGAACUUUCAAGCUAAUUCCCCCAAAUUUGACCCCUCAAAAUUUAACAUUCUUUCUUCUAUGUAUCAAACUACGCUUCUACCAAAUGGUCCAAAAAUGUAUGAUGGGCCUGUACAUGCAUACGUUCGAGCACCUCUUAAAAGCCCGCCGCCCAAUCGAUUGAUUUAUGAUGAUCCACCGAAAAAGUCACUGCCACGAAGAAAAGUCCUUCGCAAAAAAAAACUAAACCUAAACUCUGAUGAAGGUCUCCAGACCACGGAAAACGGACUGGAAUUAAGUCAGACCAUUCGUGAUCAAUCUACUGUUUUUUACGUACCUGCAGAACACGCUCCUCCCGUAAGGCGAAGAUUGGCGAAACCAAUCUUUAAAAAGAAGCGCCAGCCUCUUCAGCAUGGCGAUGGAACACCGGCAAGGGAACUUAACUCACCACUCACUGGUUCUAAACCUGUUGUAUACGACGAUCCAGUUGGUGAUCUUAAACCAGUGCCGCUAUUCGAAGGCUCGUCAGUUACUGGGUUUCUACCCCCACCAGGAAAGCUGGCUGGUCCUUCUGAAGCCUACAAGCUAGUUCGGCCACCAAAAACUGCAUCUCCAGAGCCUAGCCCUCUUAGCCAACCGGUGGUGCAUUCCGUAGUGGCAGUCCAGGCUUCCCUUCAUGACCAAGCUACGCCUGUAGCUCCGCCACGUCGGACGCCAACUGCUGUUGUUGUCCAUAAGCCCACCCCUCAAUUAUCACCAAGUGGUUCUCAGACUGGUUUAAUAGGUCAGAGUUACCCGUCAGCGCCGUCUCAUUUACAACCUAAACCUCUUUACCAAACACGUCUUAAACAGCCCGCAACGCCUCAGUUUCAAUCCGUUCUUCAAGCAACUCCAGGCACGGAAACCCUGAAGAUUCCCUUAUAUCCCAAGCUGACUGAGAUUGAACGGGCUGCGGCAUUGAAGCUUGCUCAGCAACCGCUUCAUAUCCAACUACCUUUGAAAGAGGUGCCAUUGCAAGCAAUCGAUCAGCAGAGGCGUCCGGAGUUAAAAAUCGUGCCUCAACAGCGAGAAUUUCCUCGACACCACGUAGAACCUGAAACUAUUCACGACGCACCAGCACCUAACCUUGGAUAUUAUCGCCAGUCAGAACCCGUACAGUUUCCUCAAGCUAGCUCUCCUUCAGGUCUUCCGCAAACUCCUUUGCAAGAAUAUUUCGCUAAGCAAGCGCCAACAUUUCUCCAAAAUCAAGAGGCAAUCGUUAGCAAAUUCACCAAUACAGCUCUGACUGUCCCAGCGCCACGUUUUGAACAGUACAAGACUACGGAGGCUAGUUUUAAACAUGCCGAGGCCAACGUACAUCAUCAGCCCCAACAUGACCGCCACCACCAAGCGCCACUUUAUACGAGACCCCCGCAAGUAUCGCAACAACUCCCUAGCGGCCAUGCAGCAUUUAUUCCUACACAGUUAGCUUCGCAGCAUUUACAUAGCCAGUCAGCGCUUCAAAUUGCAGCUCGCGUACAUCCUAGACCCCAUAUCGCUUACCAUCAAGGAACAUCCCCAGACAACAUCCAGGGACCCUCGCCUCAAGCUUCACUGUCUCCAGAAACGUUUAAUGAUCCUCCAACUGCGGUCCCUCCCCCUUCGCUGCAACCCUUUUCCCUAACCAAUCAAGGACCAGGCGUCUUCCAAGAGCCACAAACUCUUCAGGAUGCGCCACCUUCCAAUCAUCAACAGCGUUCUCCUUCUAUCGUUCCACCUUCGCAGCCACCACAUAUUCACACCACUCCAGAGCGCUAUGCGAAAUCUCCUCAAAUUCCGCAAUCGCCAUUUCCAGCAGCUCCAGUUUCCUCUACACAACAUGCACCCUCACAUCCAUCGCAACACCUUCCUUCGCAGGUUCUUCCCCCACACUACCAACAGCCACCUGUGGCCACGUUUCAGCCACAGCAUCAGACUCAACAGCACCCACCCACUCAGUUACUUCAAACAACCCCGCAGCACCUGUCGGCUCCGCAGCAGGUUGCAAGAGCCCAUGGCCUACAAGAGGAACAUUCGCAGACGCUACAGACACCGCUGACUCAACAAUUGUCGCAUACUUCUUUACAGCAUUUGCAAGGCGGUGCGCCGAGCUUGCAGCAUUUACUUCCACCCAACUUGCAGCAACCUCUACAGGCCCUGAACAUUGGCUCUCAACAACACCUGCUAACCCAUGGUCGAUCAUCGCAAUACCAAGUUCUCGCCCAACCUAUUCCGCAGCAUAUCGAAACGCGUUCGCCUCCCCAGUUUCGGUCUAUCCCACAAACUCAAUUGUUUCAUUCAACCCCUUCACCAUCAGCGGUGUCGCAACUCGGACCACAUGUAAUUCGGUCGACCCAGUUGCAACAUCAACCAGCUCAACUUCUUCAGUCACAGCCCCUUCUUCACCCCCAGCUGCAGGAGCAGCCAGUGCAGUUCAGACCACUACCCCUGCACUUCGAAGCUCAGCAAGGGCACAUCUCGCUACAGCCGCAGGCGUCUUCGCAAGAGGACGUCGUCAAGACGACGAAUACGCAGGCUCUUCAAGCAUCCGUGGGUGAUUUUCAAGCUCAAACCUUUGUCGCUGAGCCAUCACGAAGACCGAAAUCGUUGGCAGAUCAUUCUCCAUUCGAGUAUAUCAAAAAGUCUUCUAGAUAGAAUAAAAUGCUGAUGACCCUCAUUCAUGCUAAUCAAUUAAUCGACAAUUCAAUCACACCUUUACACCAUUUGCCAUAGCCGUGGUAUAAUACUGCACCGCAGAAGGCAAAUGUAAUAGAUACAUAAUAGAUGGCGACAAUGACCUAAUACGAAGUCGACGACGCUAAUAGACCUGCGACGUAUAACGCUCAUUAGGCUGAGGCCUCAUUAACGAGCUAAAUCUAUCUAUUAUACAAAUACCUACGUAGAACAUCUAUGUAUAGUAGCUCUAUAGAUUAGAUAAAAUACAGAAUGUCAAUCAGGCCAAGAGCGCCUCCAGUUUUGCCUAACUUUUCACUUGUAUUUACGAAACGUCAGAUUUACUCUACUUCACAAGUAUAGCUCUACCUUUUCUAGACCAGCUGAAGGACUGACCGCUAGAUAAACUAUUGAGGAAAAGGGUAAAUACAUUGGUUAAUUAGGACACCGACCGUUCCAUUUGUAACACUGCAAGUAUACUAGCCGCUCGAAAAUUAUUUAUUUACCAACGUUAUGCGGCGACCAUACAAACGGCUUUUUUGGUUUUUAUGAAAUUGUCACGCGAUGGUCUGAGUGGUUUUCGACCAGCAGGGAGGUCAAUGGCCGUCUGCUGCCAUGCGAUAUCUAGUCCGGUUGCCGUUUAUCGAACGAUGAAGAUACUACCAUCUGACAAAGUAUCACUCCUUGUUUCGACGAGCUGAACACCAUAAGCAUUGUCGUAAAGCGUUACAACUUUUUAGGGGUCCGCUGCCAUGUGCAUAACGCUUAGAAUAGAUCACGCUUCCGAUCAAAUCGUUCGUUGCUGAGGCGCUGAUGGCACAACAUCAGACUGCGUGUAGAUAUUCCCUUUUGACUAGCCAGCAGAAAGGUACAACCAUUCCGAAGCCUUCAAUGAGAGCUUAAUUGCUGCUUUCCACCAGGCAGUCAGUCAUCCUUUGAACGUGCCCCGAUAGUCGGAACCCACAAUGCCGAUUAAGUGCCGAUAAUUUGUGAUUUUGUCAUCGAUCGACGGCCAAGUAGCCGAACGGAGGGACACUAGGGAGUUAGUGAACUCGACACACCCAUGCGAUGACCGCCAUUGUCAACGAACCCGUCUCUGGUUAUCGACUAUUAUUACGUCCGGGUGACGCUCCUAAUGGAGAGGUUAUGCCUGAGCUAGGAACUUCAUUGAUCCAUAAACGCCGAGAAAUUCGGACCGCAGUGACAUCAUCGCCGAUUACUUUAGGUGCUUUCAGGAAAAAAGCGAGGCGUUCGAACGAAGUUACAUUGAGCGAUCUGGAAUAUACAAUGCGUGGAACGGUGGUGCCGAAAUUCGCGUUCUAGGUAGAUUCAUAAGCCAGAUAGAUCUAUUGGAACAUGCUUUUAUAGUCGUACAAGCCAGUAGCUGUCAUCAGGUCCAGUACCGCACACAGUGACAACAAUGGAAAACAAACAUUUAAAAAAACAUCCUUGGCCAUGAUGUGGUCAUAAUCGCUAUUCAUCGAUCAACAGCGCCACUCAACAUAAGCCUUAAACGCAACGCCUAUGAACCAUCAGCCUAAGUAUAUGCCACCUGCUUACGCCACACUGACCAAUCAAUCGAAAGCGUAACGGUACGUAUGUUGGCGAUGUCAACUGUCAUCACUUCCUGUGAACCGUAGAUGAUUUGUCUGCUAUCACUGCGGUGCGCGUUCGACAGUUACCCGUCCAUCGUUUUCGAACACAUUUUAUCAACACUCUAUACAGACAGGUCGGCAGACAAUAGGACAGACGAUGGUACACUUAAUGAUAAAGCAUCUUUAUGUACGAUGGUAUCAAUGAAGAGUCUCAGCAGUGCCAACGGCUCAUUCACAUUUAAAGGUUAAAUAAAGCGUAUCUUGAAUAUAUCUCUCAACGCCAUGGUUUAUUUAGUUCUCUCCUAUCUCGUUUCGGCUUCGUGGGUGAACAUUCUCCUCGAGCUGAUUUUUCGGUUACUGAAAAGUUUUAACUAUACUAAGUAAACAGAUGCUUUGAGCAGCAAAAAUGCUAAUCGCAGUCGAUAGUAGCAGAGACAAUGCCAUCAAAUAAAGCUUAACUAGUAGUUAACUUACUUCCGAUCUGCUUGGGACAAUCGAACUUACACAAAGUUAAAGCUUGGAAGCGGUUCUCACUGAACAGUACCCUAGCUUAGCUUUAAUCAAUCGUAUUCUACCGAGACCCCAAUAUGGCUUUUGUGCCCAGUACAUGAGACGGCUUUUCGAGCCAACGCUUUCUUUCGAAACCGUAAACGAGCCAGCGCCACGUACAUUUAGAACUAAAAGACUAUUUCUCGCUUUAUUUUUUUAUGGAGUUGCCACUUGAGACCAGCAAUCGUUUCGUUCAAAUGUCCCUCUUAUAUAUAUAUAUAUAUAUAUACUUAUAUAUAUAUGGCUCCCAUGAGUAGAGGAACAGGUGUAGGUAGUAUUAUUGCGUUAUAGUGAGAACGAUCAGAUGCGACCUUGAGCAUGUAGAAGCAAGUUUUAAUAUAUUCAAAAGCUUCCGUACAGAAUCCAAGAACCAUUAUCGAACAAAUUCACUUGACCCCCCGAAAUUUAUCGCCCCCCACGCCUAAACUCUCUGUUCUUGUAAGGUUCUGCUCACAGUAGUAUACAGUAAUUUCUCGUCUUGCCUUUCGUCCUUUUUUUACCUUUCCAACAUGUAUAUAUAUAUAUAUAUAUAUGUAU